AUGAGCGUACUCACCUCCAGCACUGGGAGACGGCUGGAUUUCGUGCACCAUUCGGGGAUAUUGUACUUGCAAACCUUGCUUUGGAUUUUAUGUGCUACCGUGUGCGGAACUGAGCAGUAUUUCAAUGUGGAGGUUUGGUUACAGAAGUACGGCUACCUUCCACCGAGUGACCCCACGAUGUCGGUGCUGCGCUCUGCGGAGACCAUGCAGUCCGCCUUAGCUGCCAUGCAGCAGUUCUACGGCAUUAACAUGACGGGAAAAGUGGAUCGAAACACAAUCGACUGGAUGAAGAGGCCUCGAUGUGGUGUGCCUGACCAGACCAGAGGUAGUUCCAGAUUUAAUAUUCGUCGGAAGCGGUAUGCAUUAACAGGCCAGAAGUGGCAACACAAGCACAUCACUUACAGUAUAAAGAACGUAACUCCAAAAGUGGGAGACCCUGAAACCCGUAAAGCUAUUCGUCGUGCCUUUGACGUGUGGCAGAAUGUCACUCCUCUGACAUUUGAGGAAGUUCCCUACAGUGAAUUAGAAAAUGGCAAACGUGAUGUGGAUAUAACCAUCAUUUUUGCAUCUGGCUUUCAUGGAGACAGUUCUCCUUUUGAUGGAGAGGGAGGGUUUUUGGCACAUGCCUAUUUCCCUGGACCAGGAAUUGGGGGAGAUACUCAUUUUGACUCAGAUGAGCCAUGGACACUAGGAAAUCCUAAUCAUGAUGGAAAUGACUUAUUUCUUGUGGCAGUUCAUGAACUGGGACAUGCUCUGGGGCUGGAACACUCCAAUGACCCUACUGCCAUCAUGGCCCCUUUUUACCAGUACAUGGAGACUGACAACUUCAAACUGCCCAGUGAUGACUUACAGGGCAUCCAGAAGAUAUACGGUCCACCUGACAAGAUUCCUCCACCAACAAGACCUCUACCAACGGUGCCCCCACACCGCUCUGUUCCUCCCGCUGACCCAAGGAAAAACGACCGGCCCAAACCUCCGCGGCCUCCCACGGGCAGACCUUCGUAUCCUGGAGCCAAACCCAACAUCUGCGAUGGGAACUUUAACACUCUAGCUAUUCUUCGCCGUGAGAUGUUUGUUUUCAAGGACCAGUGGUUUUGGCGCGUGAGAAACCACCGGGUGAUGGACGGAUACCCCAUGCAGAUCACUUACUUCUGGCGGGGCUUGCCUCCUAGUAUUGACGCAGUUUAUGAAAACAGUGACGGAAAUUUCGUCUUCUUUAAAGGUAACAAAUAUUGGGUGUUCAAGGACACGACUCUUCAACCUGGUUACCCUCAUGACUUGAUUACUCUUGGAAGCGGAAUUCCCCCUCAUGGUAUUGAUUCAGCCAUUUGGUGGGAGGACGUUGGGAAAACCUAUUUCUUCAAGGGGGACAGGUAUUGGAGAUAUAGUGAAGAAAUGAAAACCAUGGAUCCUGGCUAUCCCAAACCAAUCACAGUCUGGAAAGGUAUCCCUGAAUCUCCUCAGGGAGCCUUUGUUCACAAGGAAAAUGGCUUUACAUAUUUCUACAAAGGAAAGGAGUACUGGAAAUUCAACAACCAGAUACUCAAGGUAGAACCUGGAUAUCCCAGAUCCAUCCUCAAGGAUUUUAUGGGCUGUGAUGGACCAACAGACAGAGAGAAAGAAGGACACAGCCCACCAGAUGAUGUAGACAUUGUCAUCAAACUGGACAAUACAGCCAGCACUGUGAAAGCCAUAGCUAUUGUCAUCCCUUGCAUCUUGGCCUUAUGCCUACUUGUCUUGGUUUACACUGUGUUCCAGUUCAAGAGGAAAGGAACACCCCGCCACAUACUGUACUGUAAACGCUCUAUGCAAGAGUGGGUGUGA